CGCAACCUCAGCAAUCGCCGAAGGACUCCAGAACUCCUAUACUUCGUCAGAACCGCCCGAUCACGCUGCUCUACUCCGUGAAUCUUCUCGCGCAAGGUCACCGUCCCAAGAUCCCGAACCCGAAGCUCCACCAUGGCCGGCAUAAAGACGAUCAUAGGGCUGUCAUUCAUCCUAGCGAUAGGCUUCCUCCUCGUCAUUCUCAGCGCCGCGCUCUUCAAGAACUACCUCACGCUCCUCGUCGUCGCAACCUACGUAAUCGCACCACUGCCAAACUGGAUCUGCGGCCGGGCAGCGAACCCCGAUGAUUUCAUGGAGAGCUCGGGAAGCGGGGUAGUAGACUUUGGAAGAUUCCUGACGGGAUUCUUUGUCGUUAUGGGGAUAGCCCUUCCAACCCUGCUAUGGCAUGCGAACAGCAUCGACGGGGGUGCCGCGGCUAUGUCCAUCUUCGGCGGCUUGCUGAUAUAUGGCACGAUUAUCAGCUUCACGCUGUUCUUCCAGGAGGAUCAAGAAUUUUGACUAGCCGGCCAGGCCGAUGAGUAGAGAAUGUGAUCAGCGGGCUUGGAGACAAGAUGUAGUGGAGGAAGGCAGGCGCAGGGAUUUGAAACCGCCACGAGGCAGCCGUUUUGGAAGGAUGAGCCAUCCUAUGGAUGGCAAAUGCAUGGGUUUUCCGGUUUGGUCAAGCGUUCUUGUAACAUUAUGUUGGACAUAUUACAUCUUUCAAUU